AUGCGAACCACUGAACCAGCAGCUACCUCUACAACUGUCCCUUGGCUCGCUCUCGGAAAGUUCAGCCUGCCCUUCGUGGCCAGCCUGCCUUCAGUCGGCCAGCCUGCCCUUCAGUCUGCCCCAGCAGCCUGCCCUUCAGUCGGCCAGCCUGCCCUUCAGGUCGGCCAGCCUGCCUUCAGUCGGCCAGCCUGCUGCCCUUCAGUCGGCAGCCUGCCCUUCAGUCGGCCAGCCUGCCUCAGUCGGCCAGCCUGCCCUUCAGGCCAGCCUGCCCUUCAGUCGGCCAGCCUGCCUUCAGUCGGCCCUGCCUUCAGUCGGCCAGCCUGCCCUUCAGUGGCCAGCCUGCCUUCAGUCGGCCAGCCUGCCCUUCAGUCGGCAGCCUGCCUUUCAGCCUGCCCUUCAGUCGGCCAGCCUGCCCUUCAGUCGGCCAGCCUGCCCUUCAGUCGGCCAGCCUGCCCUUCAGUCGGCCAGCCUGCCCUUCAGUCGGCCAGCCUGCCUUCAGCCGGCCAGCCUGCCCUUCAGUCGGCCAGCCUGCCCUUCAGGGCGGCCAGCUGCCUUCAGCCAGCCCUUCAGCGGCCAGCCUGGCCCUUCAGCCGGCAGCCUGCAGCCUGCCUUCAGUCGCCAGCCUGCCCUUCAGCCGGCCAGCCUGCCCUUCAGUCGGCCAGCCUGCCCUUCAGUCAGGUCGGCCAGCCUGCCUUCAGUCGGCCAGCUGCCUUCAGCCUGCCUUCAGUCGGCCAGCCUGCCCUUCAGUCGGCCAGCUGCCCUGCCUGCCUUCAGUCAGGCCCCAAGCCUGCCUUCAGUCGGCCAGCCUGCCCUUCAGUCGGCCAGCCUUCGGCCAGCCUGCCCUCAGCCGCCCUUGCCCUUCAGCCGGCCAGCCUGCCCUUCAGUCGGCCAGCCUGCCCUUCAGCCGGCCAGCCUGCCCUUCAGCCGGCCAGCCUGCCUUCGGCAGCCUGCCCUUCAGCGGCCAGCCUGCCUUCAGCCGGCCAGCCUGCCCUUCAGCCGCCAGCCUGCACAGCCUGCCUUCAGCCGCCCUGCCCUUCAGCGGCCCUGCCCCUUCAGCCGGCCGGCCUGCCUUCACGGCCUGCCCUUCAGCCGGCCGGCCUGCCCUUCAGCCGGCCUGCCUUCAGUCAGCCUGCGCCCAGCCUGCCUUCGCCGCCAGCCUGCCUUCAGUCGGCCAGCUGCCCUUUCAGUCGGCCAGCUGCCCUUCAGUCAGCCUCCUUCAGCCUGCCCUUCAGUCGGCCAGCCUGCCCUUCAGCCGGCCAGCCUGCUUCAGCCUGCCUUCAGCCGGCCAGCCUUUCAGCCAGCCUGCCUUCAGCCGGCCAGCCUGCCUCAAAGCCUGAUAGCCUUCCGACCUGCUCGCCUGCCUUCCCCCAGGCGGACGGCCGCGAGGGCGCCUCUCCCCAGGGCCUCGCCUCGCCGCCCACGUCAGGCCUUGUUCGGGCGGGGCUCGUUGCAACCCACUCGCGAGGCCGCCCGUAA